GAUGUCGUGCUACCGACUCCAUUAUGUCUUUAUUCCCCGCCCACUUCACCUUACAAAUCCUCCCUCUCAAACCUCGACAUCUCCAAUUCUGCACCAAAUAUCUUAAAAAUGGUGCGUAAGUCUCUCGCGCUCUUGGCGACUGUAGCUGGAGCUUCAGGCUUCACCCUCGGUCCUUUCGGAACUCAAAAGCCCAUUGGCCAGAAUGAGCAUGACUUUAAGUGCGAUUUGCCGCCUGUGCUCUCACCCGGAAACGAUGGUCUCCCUUCCGCCAGUGAACUAUUUGACUCAAAAGAUGCUUUUAAUAAGCAAGUGAAGCGUCAUCAAGCGAUUGUGCGCGUUCCGUCAAUUUGUUACGAUGAUCUAGGUGAUGUGGACAAAGACGAACGUUGGGCGCCUUUCUAUGAUUUACAUGAUGUCCUGGCGAAGACGUACCCAGCCAUACAUAAAUAUGCAAAGCUGGAGAAGAUCAAUAAGUUCGGUCUUGUUUACACGUUUACCGGGAGCGACGCUUCGCUCAAGCCUUAUCUUCUUGCAGCUCAUCAAGAUGUCGUUCCCGUACCUGAUCCAUCGACUUGGACGCAUCCGCCUUUCGACGCCUACUUUGACGGAGAGUGGCUUUGGGGACGUGGAGCAUCGGAUGACAAGAACAGUCUUACAGCUCUCAUGUCAGCCAUUGAGACGUUGCUCACUGAGACGAAAUGGCAACCAAAGCGUACUGUGAUCCUGGCGUUUGGAUUCGAUGAGGAGUGCUCUGGUCCUCGAGGUGCUGCUAAGAUUGGAGAGUUUCUGACGGAAAGAUAUGGCGACAACGGUAUUCCGUUCAUCUUGGACGAGGGCGGUUCGGGAAUUCAGCUUAUCGACGAUACCCUCUACGUUCUUCCCUCGGUGCAGGAGAAGGGCGCCAUUGAUAUCUGGGCUGAACUUCGCGUGAAGGGCGGCCACAGUUCUAUUCCCCAUCCUCACACAGGAAUCGGUAUCAUGGCCGAGAUCAUCUCUGCUCUUGAAUCCAAGCCCUACGAACCUGCUAUCCUCAAGGGAAGCCCUGUCUACAACCAUCUUGUCUGCUUGGCACGCCAUUCCCCGGAUUCUCACACCAAGCUUCAUGAUCUUCUAAAGAAGGAUGAUCUGGAGAAGCUGAAGGAUGAGCUUCUUCAUCUUGAUCCCAUGGCCAAAUUUACUAUUCAGACGACACAAGCGGUCGAUAUUAUUCGAGGCGGUCAGAAGAUCAACGCUAUGCCAGAGGUUGUCAGUUUUGGUGUCAACUACCGUGUUGCACCCCAAGACAGUCUUGACAAGGUACAGGAGCAGUUCGUAAAGAACAUUGACGCCGUUAUUCAAAAGUACAAUCUUACCCUGAGCGCCUACGAGGAUGACGCAAAGUCUCAAAACAUCAAACCUGGAUUUGACUACGAUGGUCAUCUUAAACUCACAGCGUUCCGCAACUCAGUCACGACACCCGUAUCACCUACCAGCGGCCCAAUCUGGGACAUUUUCUCCGGAACAAUCCAGCAUAGCUUUGCCUUUGACGGCGGAAAGGUUGUACCUGUUGGUGAAAUCAUGACUGGUAACACCGACACGAGACAUUACCUGAACUUAUCACCAAACAUUUACCGCUGGACACCGAGUCGACAGCGCGGUUCAGAGAACAUUCACACAGUCGACGAGAGGAUCAGGAUUGAGUCGCACGUGGACAUUGUCAAGUUUUACUACGACUUGAUCCGCAACUUUGACGCAGCCGAUUUCUAGACCCUCAAUCCAUAGAAGCAUCGAUUACAUAUAUAAACUCAAUGGCAUGAUCUCGCGCAUCAAUGGCCCGAAACCUACCGACAACAUACGCUUUCUUCACCGUCUCAACUUAGCUUCAGCCCGGGAACUGCACCCGAGUGCUUUUAACCCCCCACGCUUCUCCACACGAACGCAUCGGGCACUUUGUUAGCCAUCUCCACAUUCUCCUCUUUGCCUGUGUUGGCUGUGCUACAUAUGUAUUUUCUAGGUUCAUCUUAUGACCUGUUCGUGUUGUUCCCCCUCAUGAAUGAAUUGCUUGUG